AUGCCUUCUACUGUUGUACCCGCCAAGCCUCUGCCGGUUUAUUAUAUCGGACAUGCUGGCGUUGGGCUGCUUUUCGACGACCGCCCUGUCACCCAGUCGGCGCGUGUUAACUUGAGGGAAAUAGGGGAAGAAAUCCUUUCUCUCUCUCCGCGCCCAAAAGCUGUCAUUACUUUCAGUGGUCACUUUGAAGCGGGCGAGAUUCAUGGGCCGGGUGUAAUCGAGGUCAACGUCAAAAAUAAUACAUAUAUUCAACACGACUUCGUCAACGACUUCCACGACUCCAGACCGUCAGUUUAUGAAUAUGACUGGCCUCAUCAAGACGCCCCAGAGCUAGCAGCAGAAGUAUGGCAGCACCUGCGCAAAGCGCAGAUCAAGUCAAAGCGCGUGGAACGAGGCGUUGACCACGGUAUAUGGGUGCCCUUCAAGGUCAUGUUUCCGGAGGAGAGGCCAUUAGAUAUCCCCUUGAUCCAGGUUUCUACGUUUCAUGGCUACGACCUAGCCAGCCAGAUUCGUCUGGGCGAGGCAGUCCAUUCAUUACGCAACGAUGGCUAUCUCAUCAUAGGUUCAGGCAUGGCUGUCCACUCCUUCGCUUCUAUCCAGGAGAUCGCCGAUGCACCAGACGAGGAGGAAAGGAAGGUCACCCGAUCCAAGGUCCUUGCUGAAUCUCGAUCCUUCGAUACCCAUCUGAGGCAGGCAGUGACGAAGAAGAAUGCGAAGGAGAGGAGGGAGGCUCUGCUGAAUUUGGAAGGCCUGUACGAGUUCCGGCGCUCUCAUCCGACUGUUGAGCACUUCACGCCCCUUCUGGUCGCUGCUGGGGCGGCUGGAGACGCAGAGGUGUUGCCGCUAGGCGUGGACUUGGUCGAGCCAGGAAUGUCUUAUCUUAAUUUGCGUUUUUCAUAG